AUUUCGCCAGCUACAGAUGUAAGGAACGCGAAACUUCCGCCUAAAUCUAAGGGGACUCCACACACACACACACUGUAGGUGACAUCAACAUUUCUGCCAUGGAGGUGGGACAUGCAGCCAGUCCACCGCCACACAUACUCGGCUACACCAUCCGGAGCCGCACACGCAUCUACGUCUCCUAUAUAGUGCCCACCUGUCUGGCCCUGCUGGUUUACAUUGCUCAGACUGCAUCGGACUUGGCCCUGAGCUACCAGCAUUUCAGACAGCAUGCGGCGGGCUUUGGGGCUGGCACAUUGGUGCUGGUGCUCAUACCGCCCGCCCUAACAUUCCUGCUGGUGAUCACGUCCCGGGUGCAGCGCAGCAGCGCCAUCUCCUCCGACCAGAGCAAGUGCGCUGCCCUUGGCCUUGGUUUGCUGCGGCUAAUGCUGUUCCCCUUGUUUGUGGUGUACAGGUUCACAAUGCGCUUAUUUUGGGCCGUCGAGGCACUCUUCCACGACGACGACGAUGUGGAGCGCAUGAAGUGCUUGGCCAAGGCGACGCAGACCUCCAGCGUGGAGUUGUAUCUGCUGAUCCAAGCCUACGCCCAGGCAGCGCCUCAAAUAAUCCUACAGCUAUACUUUAUGCUUGAACAGGAUUUGUUCCGCAACUAUGAGACCUCUGCCGUACAGGCAUUAUCCCUGGUAUUUUCGGCCAUCGAUUUGGCUGCCAUAACGACCAGCUAUCAUCGGAUUGAGAGCCAGCGGCGCGUGGGCCGCCAUUAUCCCUGGGCCACGCCCCAGCAGGUGGAGUCGCAUCGUUGCCAGCUGGAGCAGAACGAGCGCCUGUGCUGCGAUGCCGAGCGCAAGAAACGUGAGUCAGAGCGCACAAUCGCCAGCUUUCCGGAGUCGGAGCGAAUCAUGGCCAACUUUCAUGCACGCCAGCAGACGGAUCCGGCUGCGGCUCCAGGUGUGGCCACGCACGUGGUGCAUGUGCGGGGACACGAUGAGGUCGACAACGACGCUUUGGAACAGCUCGAGACGAAGGCCUUGCUGCACACUGGACCCAAAGACAACGCCACCGACGAUGACAAGAUGCAGGUGACGAGGCCCCAGCUGCGGCUGUGGCAGAAGCAUCUCGGAGAUCUGGACACCAUUGAAGUGCUGGACACAGUGCCCGAAACUCCGCCACCACCUCCGCCGCCGGCCACAGCACCGCCAGAGCUGCCCGUGCUAAAGUCUUCCGAUGAUGGUCCUCCAGCUCCUGAUCUGCGACGUACCGUGUCGGACAACGAGCAUCGGCGGAGUCGUCGCGUCACCAGACCACUCUCGCAGCUGGAAACGUUCAAGGACAUGCUGCUGAUCAAUGCGCAGCUGUACAUCAAGGAGCAUGUACCACGUCCGCCAAAGCUUCUCAUUGGACGGGUUAACGAGGAGCCGAAUGAGGAGCGUAGUCCGCUGGUGGCACGAUCACCAGGACCACAGACACCAAAGGACACCCCGCUGACGCCCAAGGAUGUCGUCGACUUCUACUUCCCGCGGCCCACGAAAAUAGUGAACGGCAUUCAGCAGGAUGACUUUGCAGGCCGCACUGUUGCCUUCUUCGGCUGGAUUGCCUUCAUCACGAUGCGGAUGCUCGCUCUGUCCACGUUCUGCGUCUUCUAUCCCCGAGCCUUUUUCAUUGUUUUGGGCGUGCACUAUGCCCUGAUGCUGGCUUGCCUGGCACUUGAGACACGCUGUCGUGGCAGCUGGAACCGCACGCUGUUCUAUCUUCUGCUGGCAUACGUCUAUAUCUUUGUACUGCUGGAGUUUCGCGUGUGCUUCAAGAGCAUCCGGCUCUGGUAUGGCGGCUUUUUGGUGCUGACGCUGGUCGAGAACAUCACAACGACAGCCAUUUGGUAUGGCAACGAGGAGUUUGAGUCCUGGUGGUUCGGUUUCAUCGCCGAGUGGAUAGUCUACAGCGGGAUUCUGUUCGUGGCCACGCUCAUAGUCUACUACUGUAUACUCAGACCGAGAGAUGUCUCCCUCAUCGUGGAAGACGAUGCGCCACCAGCCUCGGAAACGGAGCCAUCAGUUGCCUAGGCGCUAGUACCUGUC